UGACUCGCGAGAAGCGAAAUAUAACAACUAAUAUAGAACAUAGAGAGUCGAUGAUUUCUUUCAUAUACCCGAUAUUAUCGACAAUUCACACGAACAUUCUGUAGUCUUGAUAAGACGGAAGUGUUUGUGUUUCGAUAAGCAAGAGAUACCAAAAACACGAGAUACCAUCAACCAAACAUGAUAUAAAUUUAAUCCAAAUCUACUCUUAACAUAUCUCAUCUUAUUCCAUUCAAUAUGAAAUUAUUUUAUAUCACCACCCGUAUGAUAUAAACUAAUCUAGAAACAAUAACCCCAAAAUUAUAAUCUCGGAAUAAUUUACUCUAUAUGCAUAGUAUAAAAGCAGGGGCGAGGCUAGGUUUAGAUUGAUGGUGUUCUAACACCCGAUAAAUUUGACGCGAAAUAGAUAUAAAAAUUGAUGUAAAAUGAAAAAGUACCUUCAAAAUUAAAAAGAUAGUUGAAUCUUUAAUUUUCAUGCGAAAUCUUAAAACUUCGAACAUCACUAUAUGUAUUUCAACCCGCUGAACAUCCACAACAUUUAAAUUCUGAAUCCGCCACAGUAUAUAAGUGAUGUAAAUCACCUAUUAUUGCUACUACUAUUAAAUUAAAUAGUGUUUAGUUUUUUCAAAAAGGCAAAAAGAAAAAUGGAAAGGUGAGGUGUGACAAUCAAAUCCAGCACAUGCAAACAAAGAGUAUAUAGUCAGCAAUCAACAAACAACUAGCCCAUCAUCAAUGUGGGUUGUGAUGCAGUAGAGUGGAUCAGGCUGCUCCAUUUUUAAUCAAAGAUUAGGGUUCGAUUCUAUGGAUAUGGAGAAAAUUUUGUUGGGAGCUCUGCUUUCUUAAUGAGCUCUGCAACGCGUGUUCCGAAUUAAUCGGGAUUUUAAUGCGAAUACCAAACACCGAAUGGAAAACCAAAAAAGAAACUAGCCCAUCAUCAUUCAACCAAUCAAUAAAAUCAUAUCUUAAAUCUCAACAACUUUUACUAUUAAUAUCAUUCUCACUUUCCUUCUCACUUUCCUCUUCAAUUUUCUUCUUAUAUAUCAACACAAAAUUCAUUUCUCCUUCAAUUUUUUUCUUAUAUAUCACAACAAAAAACAUUUCUUUUAGUACACUAAUUUCAAGUUUUAGCUAUGGGUGGUGAUCAUGAUCAUAAAGAAAAGACCACUAUAAUGGUGCUCAAGGUUGAUCUUCAAUGUCCCUGCUGCUACAAGAAGGCCAAGAAAAUUCUAUCCAAAAUGCCACAGGUUCGAGAUCAGUUGUAUGAUGAGAAGGCGAAUACUAUCACCAUCGUUGUAGUGUGUUGUAGUCCUGAAAGGAUUCGCGAUAAAUUGUGUUGUAAAGGAGGAAAAACGAUCCAGAGCAUUGAGAUCAAAGCGCUCGGGAAACCAAAAGGGCCCGAAAAGCCCGAGAAACCCAAAGGGCCCGAAAAGCCCAAAGAGCCCGAGAAGAAAACCAAGACUGUCACUUUUGAGCAACCUAAGGAGCCUGAAAAGUCCAAGGACAAAAAGGAGCCCGAGAAGCCCAAAGGACAAGAAAAGCCGACAAUAAUUGAUAAGCCCAAGGACGGUCCAAUAGCUGCAUUGGUGGCAACACCGUGGAUAUCAGAGCCAAUGAUGAUGAUGCCGCCGGUCCAAGGAUACCCGCAAGCAGCACCUGGAUGCGGUUGCGGGCAAUGUUAUUAUACUGGUGGCCCGUGUUAUAAUCAGUAUUACGGAACACCGGUACCGCCACAGCACGCCCCAUAUUACGGUAACUAUUCGUACGGGUAUGGGUCGGGCCCCGGCCCAUCAAGCUAUGGAAAGAGUUGUUACGUGAACAAUGACUACUUCAAUGAUGAAAAUUCUCAAGGAUGCACAAUUAUGUAAUGUUGGCCCAAUCAUUGUGGGCCACUAUAUGGGCCUACCUUGCACUUCUUUAUUGGGAUUCUAAAAGUGUCCAUAACAAAGUUUUGGGCCCCAUUUGAUGUCUAUUUUCUGUAUUAUUAUUGUAAGGUAUACAAGGUAUACAGUUUUAUAUUAAAGAAAAAAGUGCAUAAAGAGAAUAAUAAGUAGGUGAGAAGAUGUAUGGUGAACUGUCCUGUCAUAUUAUAUAGUAAUUUUUGAUUAUACAAUUUGAUUAAUGAUUAAUAAAAGUACUUCUUUAAUCA